AUGAUGUUCCAGAUACGCAGCGAUAUAUGUGCGGACUUCAGAUCGUUUGAUUAUUUCAACUUUGGCGUUUCCCUGAAGAAUGCCAACCCAACAUACACAACCGCGAUAGCGGUCUUCGGAUUGUGCAUGCUCCAUCUUGCUAUCGUUUUCUUACUCUCUUUAGUCUUCAAAUAUCUCUAUCCUAGCUAUUUGCGACCUUGGGCAGAGUUUCUGGGCGUGUUUGGUACAAUACUGGCGGCUAUACAGUUCUUGCCGCAGAUCUGGACAACGUGGAAAUUGCAGGAAGUUGGUAGUCUGAGCAUUCCAUCCAUGUGCAUCCAGACGCCUGGUAGUUUUGUCUGGGUAGGUAGUCUUGCAGCAAGACUAGGUUGGGACGGAUGGAGUACAUGGGGAAUCUACCUUUGUACGGGAAUCUUGCAAGGUAUUCUCCUGUCCAUGAGCAUUUCCUUUGAAAUCAGAGACUGGAAGCGGCAAAAGCAAAAGGUCAAAGAUCCCAACGAAGAUGCGGAUGAGAACCCAGAGGCUGACGAGCGCACCGGAUUAAUCGGUAGUGAGCAGCGGUGA